UUGUGAAUUGACCACUUCACCGAAUCUUCAAUUCCUUAUAUUCCUCCGUUGAUCCAUCGCUUGCUGCCAUUAUUUCUCUCUCUCACACCACCAACUCUAUUUUUGUUCACUUUCUCGUAAUUAUUUCCUUUUCACAAAACAAAAGCAAAACACAAAAAGCUGAUUUACAUUUACGUUAAAAGAACAAAAACACGAACACAAAGCUUGAUAGCAAUAGAGAGGUUAGGUUCGCCAUUAUUAUCAUAAAAAAAUCAGGAGGAUGCACACGUUGAAAGACAAAGUGAGUGAGAGCCUGUCUCGUUUCUUUGCUGAUUCCCCCAACUCAUCGUCCUCCUCCUCUUCUCCUUCACCUCAGGCCAGGUCGUAUUCUAAAGGGGAGAAACCUGUUUCUUCGUAUUUUUCCUACAUUAUCCCUUCUGUCAGCUUCAAUGGAUUGAGAUCGAACAAUCAUCAGCAUGAUCUCAAACCAAGUCAUUCAGACACUGAUGGAUAUAGAUAUGUGAACUUAGAAGCUGAAGAUAAAUUCUUAGAUGACUACGUAGAAUGUAGUCCAGUAUUUGGGAAGAAGGCAACUGUAAGUAAUCAAGAAGAUAAUGAAGACCCAGCUUCUGGAAGGAGCACUAGUGGGUCUGAAAUGUUUGAAGAUGCAACUGACCAACCCAGUCCACGGAAGCAUUUACCCUAUCUCAUGGAUGAGUCUGUUUUUAUUUCUGCGGACUUGUAUGAAUUUUUGCUGUCAUCCCUUCCUAAUAUUGUAAAAGGGUGCCAAUGGGUCUUGUUGUACAGUACGUUGAAACAUGGUAUAUCACUGCGUACACUUAUUCGCAAGAGUGCUGAACUUUCUGGCCCUUGUUUGCUGAUUGUUGGUGAUCGGCAAGGUGCUGUGUUUGGUGGGCUGCUGGAAUGUCCCUUAAAGCCUACAGCAAAGAGGAAAUAUCAAGGGACAAACCAGACAUUCGUAUUUACAACCAUAUAUGGUGCACCGAGACUAUUUAGACCAACUGGAAGCAAUCGGUAUUACUACUUGUGUUUGAAUGACAUACUAGCGCUUGGUGGUGGUGGUAACUUUGCUUUGUGCUUGGAUGGAGAUCUGUUAAAUGGAACCAGCGGACCUUGCGAAACAUUUGGGAAUUUAUGCUUGGCUCAUAACCAAGAAUUUGAGUUAAGAAAUGUUGAGCUAUGGGGUUUUAAGCAUGCUUCGCAUUACCUUACCUAGGACAAGGCACUAAGAUGCUUUGCUCACUUGUCAUUCAAGAUCUGUUGUAAUCCUAUUCUUUAUUCAUUUAAUUUAAAGUUACCUCCAUUUGUAAUACCGAAGAGCUCUUAUUUUAUAUAUAUAUAUAUAUAUAUAUAUGGGAGAUGAUGUAUUUAUCCAUAAGAUGAAUCAAUAGAAUUUGAGUUUUAGUUAGAAAAUGCUUUUGUA